AUGCCAUUUCCGCUACAUGGCACGAGCUCUGACCCGGCCUCGAACACCCAAGAGACGAGAGUGCUCGUUCUCGGCAGCAAGCGGCGGCGGUUGAACCCCGAAGCGGCGCCAUUCAUCCCAGGAGCCCCCUACCAUGCUCCUCACGACUGGCAUCCUCCGCUCAUCUACCCCAGGUCACCUACAACAGCUGACGGUCAGGCGACGGAGGAAUCAUCCACCCAGGCACAACCCAACUCUGAUCGGCAAGGCUACACGUCGUUCGUGCCGACGACCGUCCCGAUUUCCCAGCCACACACGGGCUCACCACCAGAGGACGCGAGAAGAACACACGAAUCGCCGGAGACAAAACCGGCACACCCGGACGAACCCAGCCCAGCCUCACAGCAGCAACAACCCCGAGACCCAUCGCCCGCCUCCCCGAACUUCCUUAACCCGCACAUCGCCGCAGCAUUGCAGCACCAGCAAGCACAACAGCUCGCAGCGGCGAAAGCGCAAUGGCUCCGCCAAGAAGAAGAGCGGCGCCACGUAGAGCUAUUCUUUUUUGCACAGCGGCGAGAACUAAUGCCCCCCGACACGUUCCAGAAGCAAAACCUGGUCGCCGUGUGGGAACAGCGAUGGCGCGACUAUGAAAAAGAACGGCUCUCCGCGCUGCGAUUCCUCGAAGAGCAACUGCUGCAACAACGCACACAGCGGGAAGAAGGAACUCGGGCCCCGACCAGUCAAGAACAGCAACGUGAAACCCACGAAGACGCAGGGCGCCGCAGCGACCAACAGCUCCAUCCAGAGCACUCCCACCAACCUUUACAGCUCGCAAGGGCGCAAGAGCAUUGGCGCCGCCAAGAACAAGAGCGCCUCUUCCUACAGCAGUUCCUCAAUCAGCAGCGCAGGCGGAUAGAAAAAGAAGGAAGCCCACCCCCGACCGACCCAAACCAACGCGCCGCCGAAGAACUCGUCCGCACCGCGAGAGACUCACAAAACCUGGUCGCCACGGCAGCAGCGCUCGCCAUCUCAGACGGGGCCCCCGACGUGGGCCCCACGCCUGAGGCGCGGAGAGUUCCAUUCCUGGGCUUGAGGAUGGUGGCGCCGACGGCAUGCGGGGAAACAUGCGAAGGGACGAUAUGCGGGAAAACAUGCCCGGGCAUGUGGCUUGCGAGUCGGCGGUUGAAGAACACGUUGGCCAAGGUGCCCAAGCCGGUGAACAGGAGGUUGAAGGUGCGGCGCGGGGCGGGCUGUGAGGGGGAGGAUGUGUAUUCGGAUGAGCCGUCGUUGGAGGGUGGUGAGGAUGAGGGGAGCGAGGAAGAGGCUGGUGAAGAUGAGGGCAGCGAGGAAGAGGUUGGUGUGGAUGAGAGAGGCGAGGAAGGGAACCGGGAGAGCGUCAGCGAUGAAGAGGGUGAUGAAAAAGUUGAAGUGGAGUUCUCGGUUGGUGAGGAUGAGGGAGGCGAGGAAGGGAAUGGGGAGAGCGAUAGCGGUGGAGAGAGAGAGGAUGAAGACAGUGUUGAAUAG